AUGCCCGCCAGCAUGUUCAGCAUCGACAACAUCCUGGCCGCCCGGCCGCGCUGCAAGGACUCGGUGCUGCCCGUGGCGCCCAGCGCCGCGGCUCCCGUCGUCUUCCCGGCCCUGCACGGGGACUCGCUCUACGGCGGCGCCGGUGGCGGCGCCUCCUCGGACUAUGGCGCCUUCUACCCGCGCCCCGUGGCCCCCGGCGGCGCAGGCCUCCCGGCCGCGGUCGGCGGCUCGCGCCUGGGCUACAGCAACUACUUCUACGGGCAGCUGCACGUGCAGGCGGCCCCCGUGGGCCCGGCCUGCUGCGGGGCCGUGCCGCCGCUGGGCGCCCAGCAGUGCUCCUGCGUCCCGACGCCCCCAGGCUACGAGGGUCCCGGCUCCGUGCUGGUGCCCCCCGUGCCGCACCAGAUGAUGCCCUACAUGAACGUGGGCACCCUGUCGCGCACGGAGCUGCAGCUCCUCAACCAGCUGCACUGCCGGCGGAAGCGGCGGCACCGCACCAUCUUCACCGACGAGCAGCUGGAAGCGCUGGAGAACCUCUUCCAGGAGACCAAGUACCCAGACGUGGGCACCCGCGAGCAGCUGGCCCGGAAGGUGCACCUCCGCGAGGAGAAGGUGGAGGUCUGGUUUAAAAACCGCCGCGCCAAAUGGAGGCGGCAGAAGCGGUCCUCUUCAGAGGAGUCGGAAAACGCCGAGAAGUGGAACAAGACGUCGUCGAAGGCGUCGCCCGAGAAGAGGGAAGAGGAAGGUAAAAGCGAUUUGGACUCGGACAGCUGA